UAGGAUCCAAGCAAAUCCGAAUCGACUCGGAGCCUGGAAUACCACGUUUCACAAGGAGAAUAUUACUCACCCAGUCGGUGUGAUGAUAUUCCCUCGUAAUGAUUCCGUCUUUCUGCAGUUGGUCAAGUUCGGCUUUCAGCUUCGGUCGCAGAGCAAUCGGCACUCGGCGGGGCUGCUGUAUCACCGGCGUAAUACUCUCGUCGAUUUCCAAAGUGACUUCUCCGUUCAUUAUCCCAUAGCCACGGAAAACGUCACUGAACUUACCGACGAUUUUUUCGGCUUCGAUGCGAUAUAUCUGCAGCACAUUUGGGUCUUCUAGUGCCGGAUGAGCUGGUACCACGUUGACGGAGUUGCAGAACUUAACCAGGCCAAACGUUGUGCAAACCUUCAGAGAUAGUAGUGGUCUGUGGUUGACGUCGACGACCUGCAAAACCAGCAAGUACUUCUUCUUCUGGCGUUUACAGGGAAGUUUAACUUGGCCAAGGACAGUGAUUGUUCCCCCACCGAAUGCUUGGAGUUUGUACGGUGACGGGAGCAACUCUGGAUCUGAUUCUCCGGUUAGUUUGCACAACCAGUCGUAGCCGAUCAAGCUGGUAUUGGCACCUGUGUCCAGCUCGCAUUUCACUCUUCUCCACUUGCUAUUCACCUUCAGAGAUAUUUCCGCCAGGACGUUUCCUCCUUUCUUCGAGUUGUCGAAAAUUUUGCCAAUUUCACCGACUUCCGAGUCUUCCGACUGGUCACUAUCCUCAUCGCUCGAGUCGCUGUCCUCGGAUGUGUCGUCAUUUACUUUCUUCACUCGGCGCGUACGGUUGCGUUUCGACGAAUUCGCUGGAUUCUUUCGGCAAACUUUUUCGAAGUGGUUCUUCCCAGAGCACAGCUUACAUUUUUUUCCGAAAGCUGGGCAAGAACCUUUAAUGAACGAAUGCCAUUCUCCACAGAACUUGCACAGACGAGCCUUCGAGGAUGAAGCUUUUAGCUUGUUCACUUCCGGUACUUUGUCAGAUGAGAGAGACUGGACGUGCUUCGCCGUAAUCUCCUCCACACGGCACAGAUCUAUCGCCUUCGGUGACGUCAGAUCGACCAUCGUGAGCAUUUUUGAACGAAGAUGUGGCCAUUUGUUGGAUGUGGCCAGCUUGUAGGUCAUCAUCUCCGCUAGUAGUGCUCCAAACUUCGCCGGCUUUGCCAACGACUUCAAACGGGCCGUGUAAUCGUCAAUGCUCUCCGUAGCUGCUUGGCUGGCCGUGAAGAAAUCCAGUCGAUCUACGAUAAUGUUUCUGGUACGCGUCACUUUGGCUUUGAUAGCUGCCAGCACAUCCUCCGGUGUUCUUCUGUCCGCUUCGGUAAGGUCGAAAUUGCAGAACUUUUUCAGUGCUUCCGUGCCGACGACUGACAAUAAGAAGCUAACCUUUUUCGCAUUGUCUGCCGGAGGCCACGCGUCCAUGCCCACUGCUGUGGCAAAAUUUUUCCAGUUGUCCUCGAAGAAUGAAAAAUUUUCAUCCAUGUCACCUUCAAGGCACAAUGGCGGAGGAAGCGGCACAUUUUGGGGCCCAGGUGCUACCGCCGGGGGCUCUCCCUGCUGGCGAAUCAGCUUCUCGAAUAGCUUAUUUUGGUGUUCCAACAGCUUUGCUAGCUCCUCCAUUUGGAUGAUUCGCGAAGAAAGUUUAAAUCGCUUUCUUUAUUACGUACAACGCGAUCUCGGAUGUUUAAUGACCGACGAUUACGAACGUUUUGCUUUUCGAACUUUAUGUCGCGAGUGCUUCUGACACCAUGUUACGGAUAUGGUACAGAGCAAAAGAUUAGUGUGUCUGUUCGAUACAAGUGACUUUAUUCAACUGAAGGGAGAGGGAGAAAUAUUGUAUUGAAUAUAGGGCUGCUAUAAAGUGCGCUUUAGCAAAAAUCAGGUCUGCUCCACACACCCAGGCCCGUACCCAGGACUACGUUUCGGAAGGGGCAGGUGACUUCACCAGUUCCUGAAGCAUCGAAAAAAGCGGUAAAAAACGUCGGACUGGAACUCGCACCGAUUUCUCAGAUAUUGUUUGGCCUGUUUCAUGAACUAAAAUUCAAAUAAAAGAUGUUUUUAUUCCGUAUGGCAUAUUUUUCAUAGAGAUCCAACUUCUAGGUCCAAAAUUACAGGAUGAUAACGAAACAAUGAAAACAGAAAAAUCUUCUACACUUUGUUCAAAACUGUUUCAAUUUUAAAGUUUUGUUAGUUGAUUUUUAUACUAACUUGGCUUUCGGUUCUGGAAGUAGCUGCAAAAUUUCUUAACGUUCACCGUAAAGUAAUUUCUGUCACACAUGUCUAAGACCUUCUAUAUGAACAUUUAUAGAGCACAACAAUCCACAAGACUUGUGAUAGAUUUUGAGGAGUCUGAGAUAGCUCAGAGGAUUAGUAGAGAACGGAAAACAUCUUUUAAAUUUGUAGGUCAUAUUAGUUGAUGACUAUACAAACACCAAUGCAUGUUAAUACUUGCAUUUCACAAUGAUAUGUUUUAGUGUUGUUAAGACGUAGAACCUCCCUGACUCAACUUUAUUGUUCGACACAUCCAUGCAGCGCGAAGUACGUGGAAUCCCGGAACACCUACGCUCGAUGGAAAUCCCAAAAAUAUUUACAAGUAAGUUCAGGCAUAUUGACUCUGAGAAAAUAUUUUACACGGACGGAUCACGAAUUGAAGAGGCUACUGGGUUUGGUAUAUUCAACAAUAAUGUUUCGGUCUCAUUUAAGCUUCAAGAACCUGCAUCUGUUUAUAUAGCAGAGUUAGCAGCAGUUCAUUAUAGUUUGAGUGUAAUCGUCACAUUAUCUCCAAACCAUUAUUUUCUUUUCACAGAUAGUCUGAGUGCAAUUGAAGCUAUUCGCUCAAACGCUGCUUGCAAAAAUGAACCUUUUUUCUUGGGCAAAAUAAAACAGUGCCUGAACGUCAUAUUGAAUAAUAGUUAUCAAAUCCCAAUAGUUUGGGUUCCGGCUCAUUGCUCCAUUCCAGGCAAUGAAAGAGCCGAUAUUUUAGCCAAACGUGGUGCUAUUGAGGGUGAAAUUUAUGAGAGACCGAUUGCUUUCAACGAAUUCUAUAGCGCGUCUCGCCAAAGAACACUUGCCAGCUGGCAAGCUUCUUGGGAUAAAGAUGAUCUGGGACGGUGGAUGCACUCAAUUAUUCCGAAAAUAUCGACAAAGGCAUGGUUCAGGGGACUGGAUGUGAGUAGGGAUUUCAUUCGUGUGAUGUCCAGACUCAUGUCCAAUCACUACACGUUAGAUGCACAUCUCCUUCGAAUUGGACUUUCCGAGACUAAUCAUUGUGCUUGCGGCGAAGGUUACCCCGAUAUUGACCAUGUUGUUUGGACAUGCGUGGAGUAUCGUGAUGUCAGAUCUCAACUACUAAAUUGCUGGCGUACCCAAGGUAGACUAUCCAAUGUCCCAGUUCGCGACAUUCUUGCUUGUCGUGACCUUCCAUACAUGAAACUUCUUUAUCAUUUCAUUAAAUCCAUUGGAGUUCCAAUUUAAAUUUUAUUUUAUGUUAGACUGUUUUCUCUUCCAUGAGUUCAACCAAUAGCCAACUAUAGGAUAUUGAAUAUAAGUGGUGAAUUGAUACAAACAAUCCUGAAAUAGUUAUAAGAUCAUGUACAAAAUAAAUGUAUUUUAUUUAAUGUAAUUUAAAAUAGCAACUCGCUUGAUAAAAACAGUGUUUAGAUUAACUAAUGAGUACCAACAUACUAAUAUGAUAUUCGAAAUGUAUUAGGUUUAAACUACUAUGUAUUGUGGAUGCCACGGCGAAGAAAAACUUAUGUAUAUUGCCUAUGAAAUAAACGUAUUUAUGAAA